GCGGUCACUGCUUGUGUUUACAUCUUGGGACUUGCGUGGCCGUGGCACAAGCAGGGCUCAAACGCACAACCUCCCAGUUAAGAAGCAAACCCUGCAGUCUAUCAACUGCAAGGAUACUAUACACCUGAGGUGCAGGGUCCGAUUUCUUAAAUUUAGGUAUGACACUGCGACUUAAUGCGUAAUCAACUCUUGUAAUUUAGUUCUUAGUGUAUGUUAAUUUCUUGAAGUUAGGUAAACUGCAACCCCCUGAAAAUAAUAAAUUGAAAAAAACUUGCCUACCUGGAUUUUUUGCCUUGGUAACAGGAAACAAACAUUUAUUUAUAUAUAGAAUUUUUCUACUUUAAUCCCUGCAUCAUUUUCCAGAUAUAAAGUAAACUAAGUACUUGGUGCUUUGUGGUAUAUUACAUUUUUAGGUGGACUCCCCAAACUACCACCAGAGUUUGCUUGUAAAAUCGGCUCUCAUGUAUUACAGAAGUUUGUAUAUAUCAUAUAGACAUUACAAAGUGUGUGUGCGGAAAUGCAGAGAACUAUGGGCAGCAUAUGGUUGACUAUCAAAAGAACUAUUCAUUUUGAUCAUGUUUUUCCAACUGCUGAAGUAAUACUCAAAUUGUUUUUGCUUUCAGAUUUCGAUCCUGUAAAUUGUACAAAAUAGUUUGAACAAGUAUAUAAUUUAUUUUAUUGAAGUUCAUUCCCUUUUAACAAUUUUAAAGUAUGUGCUGUAACAACAUAUUAGUUUAUUACAUCUGUAUUAAAUUAAUAAUUCAUAAAGUAGAAAAAUUGUCUGCACAUUAUGCAUAAUUAUCAGAUCAUACUCAUUACUGACUAAAAAAGCUCAGGUGGAAACCAUGCACAUAACUGAUAGCCAAUAAUUUUGGUUACAGGCAGUGCUGGACUCCCAAAACAACUAUAUAAUCACUAUUUUCUAUGGAUAUAUUAUUCAUAUUAUAAGUCUGUUUAUGAAAUUUAGGGUAAAAUUCAGGAUAGGGAAAAAGAAAUGGUAGUGGACAGGAUGUUGCUUAAAGUAUUAUAUAUAAUACAUGUAUUUAAUUGGAAAGUUUGCAUUUUGGACAAUUUUUCUAAGCAUGGAAAUGCUGAAUGUGUUGGAAAGAUGAAGAUUAUAACAUGGCUGUAAUGCCUGAAUAUCAGCUUUGAAUCAAUGAAUAGUACAUCUGUUAUUAAAAAUUGAUUGAGCGCUGUUAAUUUAAAGAGAUGUAACAGUAUGUGCUUCCGAUUGGAUAUUUACUUUAUGGAGGAUAUAUUCAUGGCAAAUGCUUCCUCAUAUAUUUUUUAUUGAGAGAAUGUAUCUUAUCUACAACGGGAGUGUGCAUGUGAGGUUUAAAAAUGACGUUGAUUGUUCAGCAGCUGAAUACUUUAAUGCAUUCAGUCUACAUAUGUACACAAUGGAGUAAUUGUAUUCAGUUUAACAUUCAGCUAACAUGAUUAGUGCAAACCUAUACAGCAACAAUUACUUGCUCCGAGAUUAUAGUAAUAUCUCAUCUGUGAAUGUCAUCUGUAUAUGAACUAGUAGCAGGACCAAUCCAUUUUAUUUGUAGGAUGACUCUGAGACUUCAUGCAUCAUGAGUGAGACAAAAGGAUUGAAUGGAGUGGUAAGGGCUUAUGAUGGAUAUGGCAGUGUCAACAGGAAUGAAGAUAAAGUCCGCAUCCUAGCAGAGGAGGAGGUGAGCUCUGAUGGAGGGAUCCAUUUGAAAGGGCUGGAUGGAGUCAAAGGCAACCAGUUUGAUUCUACUUGUUACCUUAGCAACACCAAGAAGCCAAUAGAUUUUGUGUUGGUUUAUAAAGAAGAAUUAGAACCGGCAAAGAAAAAUUCUCCAGAAGAGGCAUUGAUAAAAAUCAAUGAAAAAUGGAGAGCCAAGUUCAUGGUUAAUCUCAAGAAGAAUGGGUUGGAACUGGAGGAGGAACGAAUCCAAAGCCAGAAAAAAAUUACCUCCUUUAUCAAGAUCCAUGCACCGUGGGAUGUUUUAUGCUUCUAUGCUGAAGACCUGUCUUACAAAGCCCCAUUACAGGCACACCCAAAUCCUUCAGAUAACUGGUCUGACAGAGUUCUCAAAGCUUUUCACAUCCCAAACAUUAUGUCUGAUGAUGUCCCAAAUAAACCACUGGACUACUACACCUGCCAAUUCAAAACAUCUAAACUGGACAGAUUCCUGGGAAGUGAUAACAAGGAUACUUACUUCACAAACACACAGAGAAGUGGAGUGGUGUGGGAAAUUUUGUCUACCACUACAUAUGGGAAGAAGAAAAGAGCAGAAAUAGGCAUAGAGAGACUGCUGGAGGAGGGGGUCUUCAAAGCAGCCUACCCUCUCCAUGAUGGUCCGUAUGAAAAACCAGAUCAUGGCAUCAAUCCUGAAGAUAUGAACCCCCGUCAAGUUUUGUAUGAAUUUUGGGCCAGAUGGGGAAAGUGGUACAAGUAUCAGCCAUUAGACCACAUCAGAGAGUAUUUUGGGGAGAAAAUUGGCAUAUACUUUGCUUGGCUUGGAUUUUACACAGCUUGGCUGUUACCAGCUGCCGUUGUUGGAAUGAUAGUGUUUUUGUAUGGAGUGAUCGCAGUGUUCCACAAUGUUCCAGUUACUGAUGUAUGCACCAGUGGCAAAACCUACAAAAUGUGUCCUUUGUGUGAUGAGAACAUAGGAUGUGCGUACUGGUACCUGUCUGAUGUUUGUAAUUAUGUCAGAAUUGCCUACUUGUUUGACCAUCCAGCUACUGUGGCUUAUGCUGUAUUUGUUUCUUUUUGGGCUGUAACCUUUCUGGAGUACUGGAAAAGAAAGAAUGCUAGUUUAGCUCACCAUUGGGAUGUGCUGGACUUCGAGGAUGAAGAGGAGAGACCCCGACCAGAAUAUUCUGCAAAGGCGCCCACAUAUGAAAAAAACCCAAUUACGGGGGUAAAAGAGCCUCAUUUUCCUCCCAAGGAUAGACUUCCCAGAAUUUUAUCGGGAUUUGCCGUCAUCAUCAUAAUGAUGUCGUUGGUCCUGAUAUUCAUCAUAGCUGUGAUUUUGUACAGAAUUUUAGUUAGUAUACCUUUGUUUAAAAACAAGACUCUGCGAGGACAGGCCAACCUUAUUGCCAGCACCAGUUCAGCUGUAGUCAACCUCAUUUUGAUUAUGGCCCUUGGAAAAGUUUAUGAAAAAUUAGCUUUAAAACUUACGCAGUGGGAAAUGCAUCGGACCCAGACUGAAUUUGAAGAUCAGCUGACGUUUAAAGUGUUCAUUUUUCAAUUCGUCAAUUUCUACUCGUCAAUUAUCUAUGUCGCAUUUUUUAAGGGAAAAUUUAAUGGACACCCAGGUCACUACACAAAAUUAUUUGGAUUAAGGAAUGAAGAGUGCAAUAAUGGAGGAUGUCUCAUUGAGUUGACCCAGCAGCUUGCAGUCAUUAUGAUAGGCAAGCAGAUGAUUAACAAUGCACAAGAAAUAUUACUUCCAAAAAUGAAAGCCUUUUGGCACAGACACAAGAUGAGCCUGGAUGACAGUGGCGUGAAGAGUAGAUGGGAAGAGGACUACCAGCUGAUAGAGAAUGAGGGAUUGUUUGAGGAAUACUUGGAAAUGGUGCUACAGUUUGGCUUCAUCACUAUUUUUGUGGCUGCAUUCCCUCUGGCCCCUCUGUUUGCUUUGCUGAACAACUGGGUGGAGAUUCGACUGGAUGCCCACAAGUUUGUGUGCGAGACACGUCGACCUGUAGCAGAAAGGGCACAGGAUAUUGGAGUCUGGUUUAAAAUACUGGAUGCACUUGCACAACUGGCUGUUAUAAGCAAUGCUUUUUUGAUUGCAUUCACAUCUGAGUUUUUACCUCGACUUCUCUACCAGUACCAGUACAAUUGGAACCUGGAGGGUUACAUUAACUUCACAUUGGCUGUGUCUCCAAAGGGCACCCUAAACCAAACCUGCAGGUAUAAAGAAUUCCGGGAUGAGGAUGGAAACUACACCUUGUUCUACUGGCACCUGCUUGCUGUCAGAUUAGCAUUUGUCAUCUUGUUCGAGCAUGUAGUGUUUGGAAUCAGCAAGUUAAUUGAUUUCCUGGUACCUGAUGUCCCUGAAGCUUUAGAACUGAAAAUCAAAAGGGAGAGAUACUUAGCCAAGCAGGCCCUGGCAGACACAGAUACUCUUAUGAAGCCUAUACUACCUGAAGAUGAGAUUGCUCGAGGAGAUGAUGGAUCCGGAGGUGAAGAAGACGUCCAGGUGUCAACAGUCCCCAAUACCAGCUCAGCCAAAAAAACGGGGGAAAAUAGAGUUUAGUUUCUCAGACUUUUGUGUAACAAUUGUGGGUUAUGGGGUACUGCAUGUACUUUCAUGGGUCAAAUUUUCAUGUCUUUCUUCUUAUUGAAUAACUUGUAUUGUGUAGUGGGAUUAGAUGCAAUUCUGUAGAAGUAAUUACAGCAUAUACAUGUAUAAGUCAGAUAUACUGUAUGAGGGUCAGUAAGAGUUUUGUUUUCCUCCUAUAGACAUGUAGUUAUAUUGGUCCUGUUCAGGACGUAGAUAUACGAGGCUUUGUAAUAAGAUGUGUACGACAUGCGAGAACAAUCUAUGUGCAGUGUUGGAUAAAAAAAUUAUUUAUAUCAGGUUUGCAUGAAAACACCUUACCUCCUUUUCCAAAGCAAACUUGAUAAAUUUGGAACACUAGAUGACCUAUUUAUACAUAAGUGUGGCAUUCUGUAAUAUAAAGAUAUAUGAUAAUAUUACUGUGUUUUAAAGAACAAUAAUUAUAUCAGUGUAUCAGGUAUUAUGCUGUACUGUCUUUGCCUCUAAGGAUGAAAAAAAGAAAUGCAUGCAUAUGUCUCUAUAGUCCUCAAACUAUGGAAUUAAGUUUUUGUAGUACAUUACUCUUUUGAAUAGUCCUAAAAGUAAUUAUACUUGUUACUAUUAUAGCUGAUGAUGAAUAUACAUAUAUGUAUUGAAUAUCAAGGGUCCAGUUAUUUGUUUUUGUUUACUUAUGUGUGUACUUUUUAACUUCUGGGUGCAAAUAAAUGCAAUCUGUAGCAAAUUAUUUAAAUAGUAUUUAGCACAUUGUUAAUUGAUGUGCUUUCCAGAAUAUACUAACUGUUUUCAGGUUCAAAUAGUUCAGAAUGAACUUGUGUUUUUAUAAGCACAAAAUGUAUAUAUGGACAAACUGAACUGUGUUAUGAAUUGUACAAUACUGUAUCUAGCAUUGACCCUGGUUCUCCAAAGUGAUAUGCAUUUAGUUCUUGCUUUCUUUAUUUUACCAAAAGAAAAAGUACUUAGUGGUAAAUAGAUCUGCAUGCUCUGAUAGUGCUGAAAUAUAUUUGAAUAUUCUAUAAUAUGUAGGCUAAGUGUUAAAGUUGAUUUACUUGCACAUUAUACAUGUACUAAUUUUGUUUUUUGUUUGAAUCUGUGUGUACUGUGUGAAUAUGAUAUAAUACUCUGGAGGACUGAGACACCUCAUCAUUCAGUUUGUUUAUUGUCAGACAUUCCAGUGACCUGUGAUUAUACCCUGGUUAGGAGCUGCUGGUGGUUGUCUACAGAUAUAAUGUAAGGUAGUGGACAACACACGCCAAAUGGAUUGGGAUGGAAGUAUAUAUAUAUAUAUAUAGAUUUUUGCUGAGUUUUAAUUACAAUGGUGUAGAUAGUAGUGAAUGGGAUCUUAGAAAUAACAUUCAUGGAUGUGGUGAUGUAGACAUAUUUAAGAGGAAUUAAAAAGCUUUUAUCUUGAUUAUGAAUAAAGUGAGAGAAAAAAAAUAUGACAGUUCUGAAGUUUCCUAUGAAAUUAUCAUCACACGUUUUCAUAAAAGCAGUUUUGUCUGAUAAAACUGAUCCAUUUUGAAAUUUCGGUUUGAUAUCAUAGCUUCUCCAUGAAUACAAAAGUUAAAGACUAUUAGUAUUUGUUAAACAAUUGAUAAAAAACCUGAUGUAUAUAAAUCUGUGAGAUACGCACUUAAUUGGAUGGUAUGUGCUAAUGCUUCUUUAAUACAUGGGGGGGGGGGGGGGGGGGGGGGGCACUGUUUUGAUUAAGAGGUGGGUGGAUUCAUAUUUAUCAUCAGGUCAUGCACUUUCAUAAUUACUUAAAAUUGUUAAAAAAUGUUGGCAAUAUCUCUUAAACCAUUAAAAAUAUGCUAAAAUCCAGGACCUCCCUUUCUGGGCUGCUUCAGGUCACUAAGCUUCCAACUUCUUUUGAAUAGCUGAAGAAUAAUUAUAGGAUUAUGAAUAUAUCUUAGCAUCACUAUGUGAUAAAAUCCCAAGAGCUUCAGGGGGAGGGAUUAUCCAAUUUUUGACCCUCCCCCAACUUUUUAUUCCAAGGCCGAUGUAUUUUAAAGUAAGUUAAGUUCCUGGACCAGUAUUGAUCUGUAUGACAAUCCUGCAAUGCUCAAAGUUCUGGUUUAAUAGGUUUCAUUACCAUAAACUUCUAAUGUCGGGCUGGUGUUAAAUUGUUUUAUUGUUCAGCUACCGAUCCUUGCAUUGUUCCUGUCCAUAACAUGUUCAUUUGAGUACUCUUAAUGGGACACAUUGUUUCCUUGUUAAAUCUUCCAAUUUUUAUUUUUGAUAUUUGUUCUGUAUUUAACUCACAGAUCUCGUUUUGUAUAAUUUGUUAUUUACUCUGUUAUUUGUGGGUCAUUUUGAAUUUACACAAUUGUGCAAAACAAGGAAUACGCAUGUUUCUAUGAUUGAAUCUCAGAUAUUUAUUUUAUACUCCUGAAUCAAUUAAACGCACGUUAGCCUGUU